UCACCGCCUCGCGAGAGCUCGCCCCGCCAAGCCGCCCCGCGAGCUUCCGCCCCGCCUCUUUGCGCCGGUGCCGCACCAUGGGUAUCUCCAGGGACAACUGGCAUAAGCGUCGCAAGACUGGGGGCAAGAGGAAGCCCUACCAUAAGAAGAGGAAGUAUGAGUUAGGGCGACCUCCCGCCAACACUAAGAUUGGCCCACGCCGGAUUCAUACCGUGAGGGUUCGUGGGGGAAAUAAGAAGUACCGAGCCCUUCGGUUGGAUGUCGGCAACUUCUCCUGGGGGUCAGAAUGCUGCACUCGCAAGACCAGAAUUAUUGAUGUUGUGUACAACGCUUCCAACAACGAGCUGGUGCGGACAAAGACCCUGGUGAAGAACUGCAUCGUGCUCAUUGACAGCACCCCGUACCGGCAGUGGUACGAGGCCCACUAUGCCCUGCCCCUCGGACGCAAGAAGGGCGCCAAACUGACUCCUGAAGAGGAGGAAAUACUGAACAAGAAACGUUCAAAGAAGAUCCAGAAAAAAUACGAUGAGCGAAAGAAGAAUGCCAAGAUAGCAAGUAUUCUUGAGGAGCAGUUCCAGCAAGGAAAGCUACUUGCCUGCAUUGCCUCCAGACCUGGACAGUGUGGCCGAGCUGAUGGCUACGUGUUGGAAGGCAAGGAAUUAGAGUUCUACUUGAGGAAGAUCAAGGCCAGAAAAGGCAAAUGAAAAGCUGUUGUGCUGAGAGAACGAAUAAAACCCAGAGUCUACUACCAUAA